AUGAUCUGGUGUCCAUCUCACACUUGGGAAUUCCAUCAAGCUUGUUAUCGUGCCGCCCAGGAAAUUAAACCGGGUCGUGGAGGAGCAGACAAGGAGAUCAUCGCCCUGGUCGGGAACUCAGGCACCCUCCUUUACCUGGCAGUAUUCAUGGGUAUCAUCUUCACUGGAUUGCUUCUAUUCCCCAUGUACCCUAGCAAUAAACAUGAUGUAGAAAACGAACUGCCCUUGUUUGAUCACGACUCUCCACACUCUCGGUUCCUAAUCGGAAGGGAUUUCGAGUCUCCGGGCACUCAAACGAGCCACCUGCAGCUUGACAAGAUGUCGGCACUAAACGACCUAUGGGGCAUGCUCGUCAGGAGUUCUCCAAACGAAGCCUUUCUUCCAUAUCGUCCCCCAGCUUCACAGUCGUCUGAGAACAACAUAAUAUUCUGCUUGUGUUCCUCAGGCAGCACUGGCUUCCCAAGCCUCAUUUCAAUCUCUAACUUGACUGUGAUUCACUGGUCCUUAUCCCCACACAUCCUUGAACACAUCGACUUUCCCAUUCCCAUCCGUCUACUCACGCCGGUAGCCCCCAUCGACAGCGUGUCUAUUUACCCACCCGCAUUCCUCCAAGAUCCAUUGGCGACCCCUUAUAAUUUCCAACUCGCAAAAUAUCUUGGACUCUGUGAUCAAGACGAAAUCGAACACUUUAGCAGUUGUGCGCAGCGUCCUGGAGUCUUUGCUAGCGGUCCGCUCGCACCCAAGAUAGAAGAUGCCCUAGCGAAUGCAGGAGUCAAGCUAUCUCUAUUUACGGUGCUACAGAAUUUUGGGACAUCACUUGCUUCUUCCGAAAUGAAGUUGAGCAAAUAUCGUGGGACUGGGUGCGAUUUGGACCAAACUCUAAGAAAAGGUCUCGACCUUUAUGUUCCCUCUCAGUUGCUGAACACUUGCUCGCAGACAGCUCCGACGCAUCAUGUAUCAGCGGAGAAUCUCUCGGACGUCCAAGGUUAUACUUUUUUAGAUGUGUUUGUCAAGCAUCCAACAGUCGAGGGAAGUAUUGAUGACGUGUUAGUACUCUCAUCCGGUGAAAAGACAACAAGAGCUCUCAUAGAGAGCACCAUUGCCGCCGAUAUCUACGCCAACGGUACCGUCAUGUUCGGUUGGGGACGCAACCACCUCAGAAUCCUCAUAGAGCCCCGAGCGGGGCAUGAAAUAGACGUUGAUGACGAGAAGCGGCCUGCCGAGUUCAGGAUUGGAGUUUGGAUCUUCGAGGACAUGAUUCUUGUAACACGCAGUGUAAAGCCCAUGCUGCGAGCUAGAAAGGGAACUGUCAAGCUGUACCCUAUGCGCAUUUCAUACAUCUGCCAAUGCGCAAAAAUGACAUUCAUAGGCGACAGAUACGAAAAGGUGGAUGGCAGCACCACAGCAGGCAGUAAUGUGUCUUUGCUUACGAACUGGACUACGGAUGACGUUGAGAGCUGGCUCAUGGUCCACGCUAUUGCUGUGAAUGCCGCCAACGUGGCUGAUCCUUUUGUACUCAAGGCGUUGACAGUCUGUCUGCGACAUCUCUCGGAAACCGCAUCCUUAAUUUCCUCAGGUCGUCUUUGGAUCGUGACAUCUAGGCAUCAGUACAGAUCGAGCAGAAAGUCAUUUUCAAAUCCUUCGAUUAGCCGGCCCGCGAGCAGCAUCAUUAAUGCAAUAUCGUCACGAAACGGUCCAAGCGCCGUUGAUGCCAAAACUGACAUCGAGAACAUGAUCAAGAAGUAUUCAGUCGGAUUUGGUAGCUCUGUCAGAGAUGACUCCAUUAUUCUGAUCGACGGACGCAGGCGAGACGAUCACAUGGUCAUCUUGACUGGGUCCACGGGUGGUUUUGGCUCAUACCUGCUUUCAUCUCUGCUCCAGCGUGGUGACGUGUCCGCGGUACAUGCCUUCAAUUGUCCAUCAAGGGAAGUGGCGUCGAACGACCAACGACAGAAAAUUGGUUUCGAAGGACGCGGUCUGGAUAUCACCCUUCUGCACUUGGAGAAACCAGUGUAUGUAGAAACUGAUACCUCUCACGAUGACCUGGGUCUCGAUGAGCAAUUGUAUCAGAAGGUUUGCUUUCAUUACCAGUUUGACUAA